GCAAUGUUCUGCGUUUCGUAAACAACAUGGCGCGUCAUGGACUCAGUUGGACUUGAGACGUUGCAGUUGACAGCGGAAAUUUUACGGAGAUAACAAAAAUACUCACAGUCAUUCGACAUAAAGCAAAUGUUUCGUCAUUAACUUUGGACUACAGAGGAAAAGCAGAUAAGCGACAGAAGUGUGAAAAGGUGCUCAGUCUAUGGGCUCCCAGUCCAGUUCUGGCAUGUCCGGUCGCGGCUCAAGUGGAAACCCGGACCAGUCAGAAUCAGAAUCGAACCAAAACCAGGCUUCGACCCCGAGGAGCCGCAGGGGAACCGAGAGAGCAUCGGCGUCUGAGGAGGACGUUGAUCUAGCACAAGUACUGGCGUACCUACUGAGGAGGGGCCAGGUGAGGCUGGUCCAUGGCAGCGGGGCGACGGGGUUGCAGCUCGUCCAGUCUAUCUCAGACUCGGAUGAGGACAGUGAUGGAGCAUGGGAGGGACGGCUAGGACAUCGCUAUGAUCCUCCUGUGGAUUCACACCCAGACACUCAGGAGCUGGACCGCAGCGAGAUCCGCACUCAGAUCCUAUUAGCCACAGCGUCCUCACACCUAAAGAACAAGCACAGCUUCACACACAUGCUUAAUCAGCGGGAGCAGGGUCGCUGUCGCGGCUCCAGUUUCUCUCAUGGGGAAUGCAGCCGUAUUCGCUCACAUUUCCUGCCCAACUAUGUGGUCCACAAAGACACUUAUCAGCAGAAAGCGUUUUGUGGCGUGUACAGCGAUGAUGGAAACCUCUUUCUCUCUGCAUGCCAAGAUCAGAAUAUUCGGCUGUAUGACACCAGCUGGGGCAGAUUCCACCUGAAGCGCACUGUGAAGGCCCGAGACGUGGGCUGGAGUGUGUUAGACGUGUGUUUCACACCUGAUUCACGCUCCGUUCUCUACUCCAGCUGGUCUGAUUACAUCCAUGUUUGCAGUAUAGAUGGAGAGAGUGAAACACACACCGCUCUGGACCUCAAUCCAGAGGAAAGAAGGUUCUGCGUGUUCUCUCUCGCAGCAUCCACAGACAGCAGAGAGGUUCUGGGCGGAGCAAACGAUGGCUGUCUGUAUGUAUUUGAUCGUGAGCUGAAUAAAAGAACUUUGAAAAUUGAUGCUCAUGAGGACGACGUGAACGCUGUGGCGUUUGCCGAUGUUUCGUCUCAGCUGCUGUUCUCAGGCAGUGAUGAUGCGCUGUGUAAAGUGUGGGACAGACGCACACUGAGAGAACACUCACCUCAACCAGUAGGGGUGUUGGCAGGACACAGAGACGGAAUCACCUUCAUACACAGCAAGGGUGAUGCCCGGUAUCUGAUCAGUAAUUCAAAGGAUCAGACAAUUAAGCUAUGGGAUGUAAGGAAGUUUUCUCCUAAGGAAGGCCUCGCUGCAUCACGGCUCGCCGUCACACAGCAGAACUGGGACUAUCGUUGGCAGCAGGUCCCACAGAGAGCUUUGAAGAGGCACAAACUGACAGGUGAUACGUCGGUGAUGACGUAUCGAGGUCACGGCGUUCUUCACACGCUCAUCCGCUGCCGUUUCUCCCCCGAGUUCAGCACAGGACAGAAGUUCAUCUACAGCGGCUGCUCAACUGGGAAAAUCAUCAUUUAUGAUGUUCUGACGGGCCGUGUUGUGUCCAGACUGACGGGUCACGAGGCAUGUGUGAGAGACGUCAGCUGGCACCCAUACCAGGAUAACAUCAUCAGCAGCUCUUGGGAUGGUGCAAUUCGCUUGUGGGAGCACAGACACACUCACCUGCUGGACAAAGAGAGAGAAUGAGUGAGUGGAGGCCAGAAAAGAAGACAGAGUAGAAGUGAACUGGCCUAGAGUUGUGUGUGUGAUUCUGAAAUUAUAUAGGUUAUGUUUUUCUGCUGGCCAAAAAGAAUAAAACUGCACAAAAAAACCAGGGCGACACACAAGCUCAGUAAUGUUUUUUAAGCGCACUAUAGAUCUUUGUUCCUUAUUCUGAAGCUCAGAGUUUUCAGAUACUGUUUAAACAUGCUCUGAUGGUAAAGUUAGACACAGCAACAUAAUUUACAUCACACAGUAAUAAUAGUGAUAAAAAUAAUAAUGAUGAUAAUGAUAUUGCUUUUUGUCUCCAUGUAAGAGAACACAGCUUUUAAAAAAAAAAAAUCAAAUGAUGUUAAAACUGACAGCUGUGUUAAAGCUGAAUAAUAUAAAAGAUUGUAAUAGUGUUAAUGGUGAUUUAAAAAGGGAAAUGUUAUUUUGGAGUGUAAUGUAAAAGAGUGAAGAGUAGAAAUGUGUGUGUGUGUGUGUGUGUGUGUGUGUGUGUGUGUGUGUGUGUGUGUGUGUGUGUGUGUUUGGGAAUGCGUGUCUAUGUAUAUGUCACUGAAAUUUGUUCCUGCAGCUCUCCAGAGUGCGUUUGUAAAUUAUUAACGAAGUUAAUUAAAAUCCUUUUUCAAUCUUGA